CUUCUGGAAUGGUCAAAUUACAUUAAUUGGCAAGACCAAGAUGAAUUUUUCUGCCUGUAGUGAUUACUGUGGCGACGCCAGGGUCAUUCAACAUACAGUCAUAACGCACAACAAAAGAAAGCUGACAUUUUCACCCGAGGAUACCGUGCUAGACGUGGGAUGUGGUACCGGUGAAGAUACCAAAUUAACGGCGCUCAAAGUCGGCAAAGUCAUAGGAAUUGAUUCGUCGAAAGAAAUGUUGGACUUUGCUAUGAAAAACAAUUCCUCCUCCAACAUCACAUAUCUGCUGGAAGACGCACAGACUGUCGGUGACAAUCCUGAUCUGCGCGGGAAAUUUGACAAAGCUGUUUCUUUCUUUGUUCUCAUGUGGGCUCCUACUGACGUCAGCAAGGCACUUGGGAGCAUUUGUGAUUGUUUGAAACCGGGAGGGGAAGCUCUAAUCAUCAUAGACAGCCAAGAUGACAACUAUGUAAUAUUUGAGGCGGAUCAGUUCUUGGAAGACCAUAUCAAAUGGGGUCAAUAUGCAAAGGGCUUUAAAAACCAAUGCCAGUUGUGGACUAAAUCGGUACCAGCCACUGAGGAUGUACUCCGUUCGUGUGGUUGGUCAAAUCCCCAUUGUGAAGUCCAGGAGCACACCACGGACUGUUCUGAGAAGCAAUUUAAAUUGCUUAUAAAGACCAUAAUGCCACAAAUAACGAUGAUUCACGAGAGGGAACGAGAUGAGUGUCUGGAAGAUUUGUGGGUCUGGGCCAAGACUCGCUACCAACCAAAACUCGGUGGCCAGACUGAAAUUGUCACACUCUCAUUCAAGUUCAUGGUAAUGCACGCAGAGAAGUCAGUGUAAAACAAAUCUUAAGUCGACACCAAAUGUCAUAUUAUGUCUUUCAAAGUUGCCCAGUUCGGUAACAGUAUUUUAAAGAGCACAAAAAAUAGAACUUAUGUUACAUUGUAUUACUUAAAUAUUUUUGUAAAGGUAAAAACCUACUGAAGAUAAUUUAUAGUAACUGUGUACUGUGCUUUGAUCUUCUGAGUUUUUGAAAUACUAACGUUAUUUAGAA